AUGGAGGUGGCCCGGGGCUUUUCCUCUGGCUGGGAGAAAAGGACAGAGGCCACGAUGGAGGCUCCAUUAAUAUCCGAGCAAGGCCAGACGGCACUCUUAUGGAUUGGCGUCGCUCUUUCCUUUAUUCUGGUUAUCAUUCGAACUCAUGCUCAAUACAAAAGCAGCAAACAGCUGUUCAUCAACGACUACUGGAUAUUUUUUGCCGUGAUCUGUCACUUGGCGACUGCUAUUGUCUAUCAAUUUGCCAUGCCCCCGAUGUACGAGCUCACGUACAUUGGGGCAGGUUUGAAACUCCCAACAGCCGGAUUUAUGGACCGAGCAUCCUUGUUUCUCAAAUUGCAGUAUGCCGCCGACAUUCUUCUAUGGACUACACUGUGGUCGGUUAAGUUUUCGCUUCUGUUCUUCUUCUGGAGACUAUUUGACUCGGUCAAUUCUCACAUGAGGUUGUUCUGGUGGAUUAUGUGUGGAGUUACCGCAGCGACAUGGAUUACAAGUGUUGUGUUGCAGGAAUUUGCUUGUGAUCCUAUCCAGGAUUUCUUCACGCUGGUCGGAACCGAUAUCGCAGGUGAUAUUUGCGUCAUGGUGAUCCCAUUCCCUCUGCUCCAUAAAUUGAAGGUCAAUCGUCGAAAGCGCUGGAUCCUAAUUGGUAUCUUCUCUCUUCCCAUAAUUCCAAUCAUGUUCGCCAUUCUACGACUUGUUAUGACAAACCCGAAGACUCACAAUGUCGAUCCGAUAAAAUUUCAAUUAUUCUCUAUGUUGGAAAAUACAUCUGCAAUCAUCACAUCUUGCCUACCUGCCUUCCGUCUAUUCAUUGUCAACGCGCACAACUCCACGGUUCACAGUGACUCGCGACCGUCUGAUCGGUAUUCGCGAGGCCUUGGUGGUUCAUACAGAAACUUCGGUGGCCAGUCACAGAACAGCAGGAAGAAUGCGGGAAUUCCUUUAGGCUCUCUAACCCAAUCACAAUUCGACUCAUAUCAUGGCCUCAAAGUCGUCCACGAGAGAAGCGUGGUGGGAAAAGCAGUCUCAAGUGACAGCGAUGAGGAAGCUCUGAAUCCUCAAUAUCCCACACCUGCUUACGGGGUUCUUGUUACAAAUGAAUAUCAUGUUACCUAA